AUGCUGGCUACAAAUGUUGGCGUGACGCGCGAAGGCCCCGGCGGUCAUAUUCAAAUAGCCGCUGGUUUCCCUAUGCAGAUAUUACCGAAUCUGAUCACCAAGAACGCCAGUGUGCCUGGCAACACGGUUCAAACAACAGAUCCGUCAGGCUAUAGGAAAAUUGGUAUAGAUCUCGAAAUCGGUCCUAAAAAGUUGGACAAAAUGCUGGAAAAGUUGAAGAAGGUUUUGGCUGCCACCAUCAAGAAGGCGUCUCCAAAUUGCCGAUGUUCACCAACGCCCGAGCGUUCUCUAAAGUGCACAGCCGGGACUGAAAUGGACGAAGGUCACUCUAGCAUCAACCAGAUUACGGCGGUAGGGAAUGCCAAGCUCAAAAGUGACGUGGGCAUCGGCGAAUGGGGACACAGGACAACGGAGCAACCGAGGGAAUCGCCCGACCGAACAACUAAUCGCGAUCAGAGGUCAUCCCUGCUAGCAGCAUGUAUAUCAACUCACGCACAACACUACUCAAGGCACAACCACCAACCCACCGCUACGCACCAACUUGCCCAGCUUAGUGAGCAAGCCAACGACCACCAGUACACAGCAUAA